GGAAAGCGGGACAUCGCUUUGGUAGGCUAAAAGGAGAGAAAUGGCUAAAGUGACUGUGAAACUGAAAUGCAGAGUGGGCAGCUGACAACUGAGACCAUGGUACAGAGAGUGGCAAUCAUUGGAGCUGGCGUGAGUGGACUGGCCUCCAUUAAGUGCUGUCUGGACGAGGGAUUGGAGCCCACCUGCUUCGAGCGAAGCGAUGACAUCGGAGGGCUCUGGAAAUUCACAGAACGUGCGGAGGAAGGCAGAGCCAGCAUUUACCGCUCCGUGUUCACCAACUCCUGCAAAGAAAUGAUGUGUUUCCCUGACUUCCCUUUCCCUGAUGAUUUUCCAAAUUACAUGCACAAUUCAAAGCUCCAAGAGUACAUCAGGAUGUAUGCCAAGCACUUUGCUCUUUUAAGAUAUAUAAAGUUCAAGACUAUGGUCAGCAGUAUAAAAAAACGCUCCGAUUUCCCUGUCACCGGACAGUGGGAUGUUAUUACAAAACAGGACGGGAAGGAAGAGUCAGCUGUAUUUGAUGCGGUUAUGGUUUGUUCGGGGCAUCAUGUGUAUCCAAAUUUCCCAGUUGAUUGCUUCCCUGGUGAGUUGUGUGUGCAGUGCAUAUAUUACAGCAAGGACUAGUCAAAACAUUUUCAUCAGCACAUUGAGGAGGUUUUUUAAUUGAAAAAAACCCUAAAUUUUUGGAAACUAAUUCAGUUUUCAAAAACUUCACCAAAACCUGAAAAUUUGUACUAAUAAUGAUUUUUUGAAAACAAAAUCAUUUCAGUUUCCUCUCUUUCAUAGGAAAUUCAAACAAAAUUGCAGAAAAUUGUGUAAAAUAAUUUUACAAUUUCCCACAAAAAAUAUGUUGUAUUCCUUGUAGUUGUAGCUGUGUCAGUCCCAAGAUAUUAGCGAGACAAGGUGAGGGAGGUCAUAUCUUUUAUUGUUGUGAGAGAGACGCUUUCGAGCCAUGCAGACCUGCAUAAGAGUUUUGUGUGGCUCAUAAGCUUAUCUCUCUCACCCACAGAAGUUGCUCCAAUAUAAGAUAUCACCUCGCCCACCUUGUCACCCACAAAGAAUAAGCAUUUUUCAACUUGUUCUAAUAGCUUUAAAAACUUGCCAAACUUUCUUAAUAACUGUUUAGUUCAGAACUAUAAGCAGUAUUAAAAACCAAGACCAUAUAAUUGUCAAGUACAGUGUUAGCAAUUACGGUAUAUAAACACCAGCUUUUUGUUUAGAGAAACAUUAUGCAAUGGUAUAGUCAUCAAAUUUUACUAUUUGGCCGGGCAUUACGAAGGCACAGGAUUAAUCUCUUUAGAACAACUUGGAGAGGGUGUUUCUGGAGAUUUUGUUCUGUCCUUUGUUCAUGUUAACCAUUCAAAUCCUCUCAAAUGAUCAAGGCCUAUUUUCAAAUGGAAGAAUUGGAAGUCCUGGUACAGUCAAAGAACUAUGAUGUGAUUGGAAUAACAGAGAUGUGGUGGGGUAACUCACAUGACUGGAGCACUGUCAUGGAUGGGUAUAAACUGUUCAGGAAGGACA